CCAGACGGCGGACUGCAAGCAUGGCUCCAGGUCGUGGCCUCCUUCUUCCUCUACUUCAACCACCUGGGCCUCCUCAACAGCUUCGGCGUCUUCCAGUCCUACUACGAAACAGCCCUCCUGAGCAGCUCCUCGCCCUCAUCCAUCUCCUGGAUCGGCUCCAUCCAAAUCUUCUGCCUCAUGUCCGUCGGCGCCCUCAUCGGCCCGCUCUACGACGCCGGCUACUGCCGCGCCCUGCUCGCCGCCGGCACGCUCCUCGUCACGCUCGGCUUCGCGCUCACCAGCAUCAGCACGCGCUACUGGCACGUCCUCCUCGCGCAGGGCAUCUGCCUCGGCCUGGGCACGUGCUGCCUGUCCAUCCCGUCCAUCGCCAUCGUGCCCAUGUACUUCAUGCGCCGCAGGGCCAGGGCCAUGGGCCUCGCCACCGUGGGCAGCGGCCUCGGCGCCACGCUGUAUCCCCUCAUGUUUGAGAAGCUCCGCCCCAGGAUUGGCUUCGGGUGGACGAUGCGGGCCAUGGGCUUCGUGGCCUUUGCCAUGUGCUCGUUUGCCCUCGCCAUCAUCCGGCCGCGCUCGGCACCACCAGCAGCAGCAGCAGCAGCAGCAGCUCACAGGAAGCCCGGCUUCUCAAUCCGCUGGUUCUGGGACUCGUCCGCGCUUCGGGAGCGCACGUACCUGCUCUACUGCGUGGCCAUCUUCUUCAACAACCUGUCCUUCUUCAACCCGCCAUACUACCUGCAGAGCUACGCCGUCCUGCACGGCAUGCAGGGCCAUGCCCUGGCCGCAUACCUGCUCCCCAUCCUCAACGCGUCCUCCAUCCCGGGCAGGAUCAUCCCGGGGUUCGUCGCCGACAGGGUCGGAUCGCUGGACACGUACGUCGUCGUCUGCGCCCUCAGCAGCGCCAGCGUCUUUUACUGGAUCAGCGUCACAAACGCCGCGGGAAACAUUGCCUUUGCCGUCCUGUACGGCUUCUGGUCCGGCAGCGUCGUGGCC